UAUUGGUAACACUGAUUUUACAUGCGCGCAGUCUCUCAUCUACUUGAGAGAUUAUCGCAGAUUAUCGCCGAUUGCACGUUCCGGCAGUCCCGUUUCUGCCCGUUUCAAUCGACUAACCAUGAUUCUGAACGCCGCAUCGAAGGCAGUCGCUGGCGCCUUGAGAAUCGCUAAACCUUCUCUUCUGCAAAAUGAAGUAGCGAAAGUAUCGAGCAUCCUCGCCGUUAACAGGAGAGAAUAUGCAGCCAAAGCUGCGGCUGCGCCCAAAGGUGGUGCGCAAGGAAAAGUAGUUGCUGUCAUUGGUGCUGUUGUUGAUGUACAAUUCGAUGAUGCACUCCCACCUAUCCUUAACGCCUUGGAGGUACAGAAUCGCACACCUAGACUAGUACUUGAAGUUGCUCAACAUCUUGGAGAAAACACAGUACGCACCAUCGCUAUGGACGGUACGGAAGGCUUGGUACGUGGUCAAGGUGUGUUGGAUUCCGGAUUUCCUAUUCGUAUUCCUGUGGGAGCUGAGACCUUGGGCCGUAUUAUUAAUGUCAUUGGUGAACCCAUUGACGAGCGCGGACCUAUUCCCACAGACAAGCUGGCUCCUAUUCAUGCAGAUGCUCCUGAGUUUGUAGAAAUGUCUGUCGAACAAGAGAUUCUAGUCACGGGCAUCAAGGUUGUUGACUUGCUGGCUCCUUAUGCCAAGGGUGGAAAGAUUGGUCUAUUCGGUGGUGCUGGAGUUGGCAAAACUGUACUCAUCAUGGAACUGAUCAAUAAUGUGGCCAAAGCCCAUGGUGGUUACUCAGUGUUUGCUGGCGUUGGUGAAAGAACGCGUGAGGGUAACGAUCUCUAUCAUGAGAUGAUAGAAUCCGGUGUUAUUUCUCUCAAGGACAAAACCUCCAAGGUAGCACUAGUGUAUGGACAGAUGAAUGAACCACCUGGCGCUCGCGCUCGUGUAGCACUUACUGGACUCACCGUCGCCGAAUACUUUCGUGAUCAGGAAGGUCAAGACGUACUGUUAUUCAUUGAUAACAUCUUCAGAUUUACUCAGGCUGGCUCUGAGGUAUCUGCUCUGUUGGGUCGUAUUCCAUCCGCCGUGGGUUAUCAACCCACGUUGGCCACUGAUAUGGGUACCAUGCAGGAACGUAUCACUACAACGAAGAAGGGAUCCAUCACCUCUGUCCAAGCCAUUUACGUACCUGCUGAUGAUUUAACGGAUCCUGCUCCCGCUACUACCUUCGCUCAUUUGGAUGCUACAACCGUAUUAUCACGCGCAAUUGCUGAAUUAGGUAUUUAUCCUGCCGUGGAUCCUCUCGAUUCCACGUCUCGUAUCAUGGAUCCUAACAUUAUUGGCACGGAACAUUAUAAUAUCGCCCGUGGUGUACAGAAGAUCCUCCAAGAUUAUAAAUCACUACAGGAUAUCAUUGCAAUCUUGGGUAUGGACGAAUUAUCAGAGGAAGACAAGCUGACGGUUGCACGUGCGCGUAAAAUUCAGAGGUUCUUGUCCCAACCAUUCCAGGUCGCCGAAGUAUUCACUGGUCACGCCGGCAAAUUAGUACCAUUACAAGAAACUAUCAAAGGAUUCCAGAAGAUUUUGGCCGGAGAAUUGGAUCACUUGCCAGAAGUAGCAUUCUAUAUGGUCGGUCCGAUUGAAGAAGUAGUAGCGAAAGCAGAAUCGUUGGCCAAACAAUAAAUUAACUUAGUCAUCACGUAAAAGUGUUAUUAAAAAUUUUAUUUGACCAUCAUUUGUUUGCAAAAGCAACUUUCCAAUAAAAUUUGUACAUUUUUUUAUAAUUCUUAUCAUGUCAUAGUUCCUUUGAUAAAAUCUAAAUAAACAAGUACUAAAUAUGUUUAAAUAAAAAACGUAUAAAAAGUAGAGGAAAAAAUAUAUCGUUCUCUAUCAUAUACAUGUAACAUGAAUUAUUAAUAUUAUUUAAGUUUAUUGUACAAACUUGAAAAGUUGCUUUAUGCUUUAUCUUCUUUCCAUUACAAAAGCAGUCAUUAAAAACUAUAAGAAAAUCAGAUGUGUUCAGUCAGAAUACACAUUGACAUAUGCUACUUCUGGACUUUAUUUAUAGAUCUAAUCAAUGUGAUCUAAUCGUGUUACUGCUAAUUAACAUAUACCGCAAAAUCAUGAUGUAUAUGUUAGAUAUUAAUAAAA